AUGCUCCGUUCUAUCUCUCUCCUCAAGGCCACUGCUGUCCUUAGUCUCGGCCAUGCGAUAUCGGCUCAAAACAGCACGACUAACUCCUGGCCAUGGCAGACCUACCGCUCUGAGCCCGCAUUGCAGCCCCCCUCCCUGAAGAUCACUCAGACCGGCGACAUCGCAGAGGGUCACCUCUUCUUCGGCCAGUCCGGCUCUGGCGCCCAUAACUACUCCGUUUUCAUCAUGAGCAGCGACAACGAGCUGAUCUGGGAGGGCCCGUACGGCGACGUCUCCGCUUGGCGCGCUCAAACAUUGGAUGGCGAGCCCGUCUUGACAAUGUACACAGGUAUCACGAUGCCAGAGCCCUAUGGCUUCGGCUACGGUGCCGUGUUCAUCUAUGACCAAACCUACCAGAACAUCUACAACGUUACCCUUGCCCAGCACAAGGAUGGUCUUAAUUUGCAGACCUUCACCAGCUGGGAUUCUUCCGGCCUCACAAACGGGAGCUGGAUCGACAUGCAUGAAGACCUUAUCACGCCCCAAGGCACCAUGUUUUUCCCAGCCAACAACGUCACACAGACGGAUCUGACCUCUGUUGGUGGCCCUACAGACGGCUGGAUCGUUGACUCCCUCUUCUUUGAGAUGGACAUCAAGACGAACGAGAUCCUCUUCCAGUGGAGCCAUCUGGACCACUUGGACGAAAUCCCUCUGGCUGACUCUGCUGUGGUCUACCCUCUAGAGGAUCUCGGGAGUAACCAGUCGUACCCCUGGGGACCAUUUCACAUCAACUCGGUUGAGCGAUUUGCGGAUGGCGGCUUCUUGGUGUCAUCACGAUACUACUGCUCCAUCUUCAAGAUUGCCCAUGAUGGAUCGGUCGAGUGGACUCUGAGCGGUCGCACUGGUGGCUCCUUCGCUCUGAAGAACGGCCUGUCCUUCUGCUACCAGCACGAUGCUCGCAUACACGCCGAGGGCAAUGGCACUACGCUUAUUUCGCUGUUCAACAACGAUAAUAGCGGCGUUGUUUCUGGUGUCAACCAGACUUCUGGCAUCCUUCUGAAAGUCAAUACGGCCACUUGGGAGGCUACUCUGGAGCACGAAUUCAUCGAUCCUGAGGACACCAUCUUCGCUGUAUCCCAGGGUAAUGUUCAGGUUCUGAACGACGGAAGCGGCCACGUGGUCAUUGGCUACGGUAGCACGCCCAAGAUCAAGGAAUUCAAUGCCGAGGGCGAAUGUGUCUUCACCGCACAGUUUGGUGAGGAUAAACUCAUUCAGAGCUACCGAAACCACCGAUCCCCUUGGGUUGGAAAGCCUUACUACGGUCCCAAGGCUUUCGCCUGUAACGUCAAUAACCAAACCGAGGUCUAUAUGAGCUGGAAUGGCGCGACUGAGAAUGAAAAGUGGACGGUGUUCGCUGGCGCAUCUGAGGACGCCUUGAGUGAAAAGGUUACUGUUGGAAAGACCGGCUUCGAAACAAAGGCCGUGUUUGCUGGCUCUGAUCAAUUCGUCCGCGUCGAGAGCGCCGGCGAUGGUAUCAAGACUGGUGUGUCCGAGGUUGUAGCUGUCGAGAGCCAGUGCUAG